AUGGCAGCUCAGUCCCCAACCUUGGGCUCGAACUCGCUCGCUAUCCAUGAUGUCGAGUCCGGCAAAACCACCUGGAAGAGUAACCCAGUUUCCAAUGAGAAGGCCCAGCAAAGUCUCAUCUCCCCGUCGUACAACCUGGGUCUGAAUGAUGAGGACCCAACUACAGAUGAGCUUCAUGGCUCCAACGCCUUGCGUCGCGUCUCAGCCCCGAUUCCCUGGGCCGUCUACACCGUCGCAUUUGUUGAACUGUGCGAGCGCUUCUCCUACUACGGAUCCCAGGUGCUUUACUCUAACUUCGUGAACCACGCACUUCCCCUUGCUGCUCCGAAUGGCCCUCCCGGAUCAAACCACGCAACUGGAGCUGGUGGGCCUAGCUCCCAGGGUGUAUCAGGUGCUCUGGGAAAAGGCAUUGAGACUGCGAGCGCCAUCAACACCUUCAACACCUUCUGGUGCUACUGCCUUCCUCUUGUGAGUGCCUACAUCGCCGACGAGUACUGGGGACGGUACAAGACCAUCUCCUGGUCUAUUGGAGUCGCCAUUUUGGGUCACAUCAUCCUAGUUAUCUCUGCCAUCCCGUCGGUGAUCACGAACACCGAUGCCUCCUUCGGUGUGUUUGUUCUGGGUGUAAUCAUCAUGGGUUUGGGUACUGGUGGCUUCAAGCCUAAUAUAUCCGCCCUGGUUGUCGAGCAGAUACCGACUGUCAACCUCAAGGUGCGUACACUGAAAUCUGGCGAGCGUGUUGUCGUCGACCCUACUAUCACCCAGAGCCGUAUCUACCACUACUUCUACAUGUUCAUCAACCUCGGCUCAUUGAUGGGUCAGAUUGGUAUGGUCUAUGCAGAGAAGUAUAUUGGCUUCUGGUUGGCCUUCCUGUUGCCCACAGCUAUGUUUAUGACUACCCCAUUCGUCAUGUUGUGGGGUCGUAAGCGCUAUCGCCAGUCUCCCCCGACAGGCUCGGUGACUUACAAGGCCGUCAAGACAUUCUUGUUUUGUAUGCGCGAUCGAUGGCACUAUAACCCAUACAUCCUCUGGAAACGAACGCACGAUGGCACUCUUUGGGACACUGCGAAGCCCUCUAACAUUGAGCCCCGAUCCCGGCCCAAGUGGAUGACCUUCGACGAUGCGUGGGUGGACGAAGUGCGCCGUGGAUUUGCCGCUUGCGCUGUUUUUUGCUGGUUCCCCAUCUACUGGCUAGCCUACAACCAAUUGACAAGCAACCUUACCCCACAGGCUGGCACGAUGACCUUGAACGGCGUUCCGAAUGAUGUUGUGAACAAUCUUGACCCAUUGACGCUGCUCAUCUUGGUCCCGCUCUGCGACACGUUCCUAUACCCCGCGCUGCGCAAAAUGGGCAUUCGAUUCACGGCCAUCAAGAAAAUCACCCUUGGUUUCUGGCUGGCGUCGCUUUCUAUGAUAUGGGCUGCUGUCAUUCAGUACUACAUCUACAAGACUUCGCCCUGCGGCUACCGAGCUAACAGCUGUUAUACCAAAGAUGGUAGCGUCGACCCGUCUCCUAUCAUUGUCUGGGCUCAGGCCGGUUCUUACGUUCUUGUUGCUACAUCGGAGAUCUUUACCGUGAUUACCUCAAUGGAGUACGCCUACUCCAAGGCACCUCGCAACAUGCGGUCCCUCAUCCAAGCCAUCAAUAUGUUCACCAACGCUAUCUCCGCUGCCAUUGCCGAGGCUUUGAUACCGCUUUCCAAGGAUCCUCUGUUGAUCUGGAACUACGGCGUCUUCGCUGUGUUGACCUUUGUCGGUGGAAGCAUGUUCAUUAUCCAGUUCUGGAGUCUGGAUAAGGAGGAGGACGAGUUGAACAACUUGCCCGAGGGUCAUGUGCAAGCUAGCGAGUACGAGGACGGCCAGGCGCAGCUUGAGAUUGCCGAGAUUGGCCCUGGUCGUGGCUGA